AUGAGUGAACGUAUCGUGAGCAAUCCAAUUGAGUUGCACAAGCUGUCGCUAGUGGACAAGCAGAAAGGGGACACCUCGGGAUCGAGUGGUGCGGCCGGCACUGGAAGCGGAGCCAAUGAUGGCAACAGCAACGCUGGCAACAGCAACGCUGGCAAUAGCAACGCUGGCGGAGCUGGUGUUACGGGUACACCGGUGAAGCAGAGAGCUCGGCCUGUAGUUCCCAUCGCGAGUCCCACUAAGGUGAAGGAAGAGCCCAAGUCUGAAGACGGCCUGUACAAGCUGGCCUCGAAGCAGCGUGAGAUCUUUGAGCUGGAGCAGAAGCUAAAGCAAGCGCGCGUAGAGUUGAAGCAACUAGAGGAAGAGGUAGGCAAGUCGCUUGGGUACGCGGGUAUGCCUCAGGAGAGUCUGCGGAACAGGUUGCAGAAACGCAUUGAGGAAGUGAACAGGUCCCCCAACGUGAUCCGCACCAAACAGUCGAUGAGCAACUUGAUCCAGCGUGGGAACACACUAUUCAUGGACGGUUCUUCCUCGGCAAGAGGAGCCACAGAUAGAGACAUGAGAACCGAUCAGCGCAGGAGUGCACACGCACAUGCAGCUGCUCCUGCCCAGGCACAGCCAUCGGCCCACCGCCAGAACGGCCCACCGCUGCCAUCGAGACCCAGGGAACCACAGAAGAACUUCUUCAAGAGCAUAGUGGACAAGUUCCACGAGAUGACACAAGAGGAAGAGGACUUCGACGACCAGACCACCAGCAACCACAAAGAUAAGUACUACAUUGGCGAGACAUACGGUUACGAUCAAGACGAAGAAGACGAGGACCCCGAGGACCACGGAGAACCCCUAGAGCACAUCAAUGACAUUCCAACGACACUGUUCAAGAGGUGA